AUGGGGAGGUGUGGUUGCAGCUGUCACAGAGCUGGGCUCUCUGGGCACGCUGCCCUCCCUGCCCCGAAGAUGCCGACCCACCGGCUGGUGAUCGUGCGCCACGGCGAAAGCACCUGGAACCAAGAGAACCGCUUCUGUGGCUGGUUCGAUGCUGACCUGAGCGAGAAGGGGGCGGAGGAAGCGCGGCAUGGGGCCCAAGCCCUCCGGGAGGCGGGCUACGAGUUUGAUGUCUGCUACACCUCGGUGCUCAAGAGGGCCAUCCGCACCCUCUGGGCCAUUCUGGAUGGCAUCGACCAGAUGUGGCUGCCCGUGGUGCGCACCUGGCACCUCAACGAGCGCCACUACGGGGGCCUGACUGGCCUCAACAAGGCUGAGACCGCCGCCCGUCACGGCGAGGAGCAGGUGAAGAUCUGGCGGCGCUCCUACGACAUUCCUCCGCCCCCCAUGGAUGAGCAGCACCUCUACUACCAGGUCAUCAGCAAGGAGAGGCGCUACGCAGGCCUGAAGCCCGGGGAGCUGCCCACAUGCGAGAGCCUCAAAGACACCAUCGCCCGAGCCCUGCCCUUCUGGAAUGAGGAGAUCGUCCCCCAGAUCAAAGCUGGCAAGAGGGUGUUGAUCGCCGCCCACGGGAACAGCCUGCGUGGCAUCGUCAAGCACCUGGAGGGGAUGUCUGACGCCGCCAUCAUGGAGCUGAACCUGCCAACCGGGAUCCCCAUUGUGUACGAACUGGACGAGAGCCUGAAGCCCACCAAGCCCAUGCAGUUCCUUGGCGACGAGGAGACCGUGCGCAAGGCCAUGGAGGCUGUGGCGGCUCAGGGCAAGGUCCAGAAGUGAGCGGGAGGGAGAGCAGCCAGGGCAAUAAACCCAUGAAACCCGCCUGAGUG